UGAGGGGCUCCGACAAAGAGACAUAGCACAAUCGGCCAUGGCCUCGCGAAUGUGUUCUAAAACAACUCCAAAAUGUUAUCUUUCACCCAAGAAGCCAUCAAGAAGGAGAGCUCUUCCACGCUUUUCUAUUUCCAGAAAAUUUCAAGAAAAUUGCAGAAAAGCUGAGGAAACCAGAGCCUCAGUCGACCCACGAACUCAGGGUUGUUUACCAGGGGAAGAAAUGGGUAGGAGUGUGUAUACAAUUCUGACAAUCGACAGGUGGGAGUCGUUGAAUUGCAUGAAAUAUAAAACAGCAUCAUUGAGGCCAGUUCAUGGAAGGUUAGCUUUGAAAUUCUUGAAAUGGGUUGUGAAGCAGCCAGGUUUGGAGCUUAGUCACAUAACUCACUUGUACUGUAUUACAACUCACAUUCUCGUUAGAGCAAGAAUGUAUGAUCGCGCCAAAUUGAUAUUAAAGCAUUUAGGCGAAAUGGGUCUGGGAUCAAGUUCUGUUUUUUAUGCUCUUAUGGAUACGUAUCCACUGUGUAAUUCGAACCCUGCUGUUUUUGACCUGUUAAUAAGGGUUUAUGUAAGAAAGGGAGCGACUAAUGAUGCCUUAGAGACUCUUCGUUUGAUGGGUUUAAGGGGGUUUAGGCCGUCGGUGUAUACUUGUAAUAUGAUCCUAGCAGCAAUGACGAAGGUGCAGUGUGCUGAGUCUGUAUGGUUGUGUUUUGGAGAAAUGCUUGCUAAAGGUAUUUGUCCGAAUAUUGGGACAUUUAACAUACUGUUGAAUGUACUUUGUGGUGAAGGAAAACUGAAGAAGGCCAGUUAUUUACUCAGGAAGAUGGAGGAGAGUGGUUAUGCACCGACCGUGGUGAGUUAUAAUACAGUGCUCAAUUGGUACUGCAAGAAGGGUAGGUAUAAAGAAGCGAUUCAGCUGUUGGAUCACAUGAGUUCCAGGGGUGUUGAAGCAGACGUGUUUACUUACAAUGUGCUUGUAGAUGAUUUGUGUAAGAAUAAGAGAAGUGCAAAAGGGUAUCUACUCUUGAAAAAGAUGGGGAAGAGGAUGGUCGUCCCAAAUGAAGUCACUUAUAAUACUCUCAUAAAUGGAUUUGUUAAAGAGGGGAAGAUUGCAGUUGCUGAGAAACUUUAUGAUGAGAUGUGUAAGGUCAAUAUUUCACCAAAUCGUAUCACUUAUAAUACACUGAUUGAUGGACAGUGUCAAGCAGGCAAUUUUGUGGGAGCCUUUGAGCUUCUGAAUAAAAUGGAAGCAAAUGGAUUGAGACCCAAUGAGGUUACUUAUGGAACUCUUUUGAACGGACUCUGCAAGCAUGGAAAGAUAGGUUCUGCAAAAAAUCUACUGGCGAGGAUAGAGCUGGAAGGGGUGGAUGUUAAUUCUACAAUGUAUACAAUGCUGAUGGAUGGAAUAUGUAGAAGUGGGAAACUAACAGAAAGUGUGCAGUUACUUGACCAAAUGUUGAAGGAUCAAAUAAAUCCUGACGUUGUUACAUUUUCAGCUCUUGUUAAUGGAUUUUGUCGAGCUGGAAAGAUAAAUACUGCAAAGGAAAUACUUUCUAAAACAUAUAGAUCUGGAAUCAGGCCAAACAAGAUUGUAUUUUGUACAUUAAUAUACAAUUUAUGCAGACUGGGGGAUAUAAAGGAAGCGAUCAAAGUUUACACAGUGAUACUUCGGAGCGGUCAUCGUCCCGAUCUUUUCAUUUAUAAUUUAUUAAUAUCCACUCUUUGCAAAAGUGGAAAUGUGGUAGAGGCAGAAGUUUUCAUGCAUCAUAUUCGCAGAGUUGGUCUUACUCCAAAUGCCAUUACUUUUGAUGCUGUUAUUAGUGGCUAUGGUAAUGUAGGAGAUGGCUUAAAAGCAUUUGAGUUGUUUGAUGAAAUGGUUAAGUUUGGUUGUAAGCCUAGCUUCUACACAUACGGAAGUCUAUUGAAAGGAUUGUGCAAAGGAAGAAAUCUCAAGGAGGCUAUGAUCUUCUUCGGUAAACUUCGGAAGAUUCCUUGUGCUAUUGAUAUGGUUGUCUACAACACAAUAUUGUCUGAGAUAUGUGAUCGUGGCGAUUUCAAGUUAGCUCUAAGCCUUCUAGCUGAGAUGGUUCAAACAAGUGUCUUUCCUGAUAGUUAUACAUACGGUUGUCUGAUUGCUGGUUUGUGUAGAGCUGGAAGGGUUGCUACUGCAAUUCUUCUGUUAGAACGGGGACUUCAAAGAGGUACCAUUUCUCCAAACCAGUAUAUGUACACUAGUGUUAUCAACGGGCUCGUCAAGAUCGGCCAAGCACAAGCUGGGAUAUACAUCUUUGAUGAUAUGAUCAAGCGUGGUCUAAAUCCUGAUAUAGCUGCAGUUAAUGCAGUUAUGGAUGCAUACUCGAGAAUGGGACAACAGGAUAAGUUGAAUAAUAUCCUGUCAAUGAUGGAAAAGAAAAGUUUAUCCCCUAGUUUGGUUACAUAUAAUAUUCUCUUACAUGGGCAAUCGGCGCGACGGAAUAUUUCUGGGUCUUUUGCAUUAUAUAAAAUGAUCUUGAAGAAAGGUUUUGUUCCGGAUAAAUUUACAUGCCAUUCUCUAAUUCUUGGUCUAUGUAAAUCUGGGAUGCUGGAUAUUGGAGCUAAGUUUCUGAAAAUGAUGAUCAUAGAGGGGGCUCGUCCAGAUCGGUUGACAUUUAAUAUGCUAAUAACCAUGUAUAGUGAGAGAGGAGACAUGUCAACUGCCUUUGAUUUGCUGAAUAUCAUGAAGUCCAUUGGAAUUUUACCUAAUGACGACACUUUUUGUUCUAUUUUUAAUGGGCUUAAAAGAAUAUCUUCAUUUCAAGAAUCCCACAUUUUCCUUCAUAAGAUGCUGGAAAAUGGUAUUAUUCCUACUGAGAGACAAUACAGCAGUUUGGUAACAAGUAUGUGUAAAUCUGGAGAUUUCCGAGGAGCCCUUAAGCUAAAAGAUGAGAUGGAGGGAAUCGGCAUUAGCUCACGCUGUGCGGCUGAGAGCGCAAUGGUUAGAGGGCUUGUACAGUGUGGGAAGACAGAGGAAGGGUUUCUUCUUCUUAAUUGCAUGCUGAGGAGCCAACUUGUUCCAACAAAUCCAACUUUCACGACUGUAAUUCAUGGAUUCUGCAAAGAAUCUAAACUUUCUGAGGCACUGAAUUGUAAACUCUUGAUGGAAUGUCAUGGAGCUAAGCCUGAUGUUGUGACUUACAACGUUCUUAUAACUGGCCUCUGUCGAACCGGUGACACUGCCCGUGCUUUUACAUUGUAUGAGGAGAUGAAGCUGAGGGGCAUCUGCCCCAAUAUCACCACGUUUUCUGUUCUAGUUAAUGCGAUAUGUUCUGAGAAUAAUUCUGUAAAUGGAGAAAGCAUUUUGGUGGACUUAGAGGAGAGAGGAUUUGUUAGUCAGAAUUCAACCGGCCAAGAUUGGCACAGAAGAUUGUCUGAUGCCAUGGUGAAUAUAGACCUCUUAAGGCACAAAACAAAGACCGGUGGCAACAAAAAAAUAAAACACACCAGUCAAACUUGUUAGAAAUGGCCUUUCUUGAUUGCUUACGCUGAUUUUGCAGGCUCUCGACCUGUUUGUUUAUGCUGGAUUCUGGAUAUGUUACAGGUGAGAGUUGAAGCUGUUG